GCCCCUCCCAGCAGAUAGCACCUCCUCAAAGUUUGCUGUCUGCGCUCUAAGCAGGCAUCAUACUACCAGAAACGCUUCUUGACAACUUCAGACCUCGUGAAUGACAGGGAGAACGCGAAAAGAAAAUCCGUGAUCACUUUUACAGACAACUUCACAAGGAACGGAACACAUACUUUCCUAGUUUUAAACCACAUUAAUAAAACUGGACGCGACUGAAAUUGAUGUAUCUUCGGAGGGACAAUUCCCUCAACAUGUGGGAUAUGAGCUGAUGCUGGGAUAAGUACAUUUAUUUUACAAAUAAGUUGCAUUGUACUUAUCCACCAUUGAGUGAAUCUUAUUAUAACCCUUUGAAAUUUAAAGAAAUCUCGUUUCGCUUAACUGUUUCAAGUGGAACAAUAAUAGUAAUACUGCAUUUGGCUACGUACAUAGAAUAUGGUUUCGAUAUCAGAUACAAGUGCUCCGGCACUAAUGCUUUUAUGGGGAUACUGUGUGCUGGCUGAAACGGUCUUCACGAACUUCACUUUGGACAACGAGGUCCACUCAAGUUUCAUCCAUCGGCGACUGAAAAGCCAGGAGCGCCGAGAGAUGCAGCGCGAAAUUCUCUCCAUUCUGGGGCUGCCGCACCGGCCCCGACCGCACCUCCACGGGAAGCACAAUGCAGCCCCGAUGUUCAUGCUGGACCUCUAUAAUGCCAUGUCCACAGAAGGAGACGCGGACGGCUACUCAUACCCUUACAAGCCCGUCUUCACCACACAGGGACCACCGAUUGCAACUCUUCAAGACAACAACUUCCUUAACGAUGCUGACAUGGUCAUGAGCUUUGUCAAUCUAGUGGAACAUGACAAGGAGUUCCUGCCUGUGCGGAGGCACCACAGGGAGUUCCGCUUCGACCUGUCGCGGAUCCCCGAGGGAGAGGCCGUCACCGCCGCCGAGUUCCGCAUCUACAAGGACUUUGUCCACGAGCGCUUUGACAACGAGACCUUCCGCAUCAGCGUCUACCAGGUGCUGGAGGAGCACUCGGACAGGGAAUCGGACCUGUUCCUCUUGGAUUCACGGGUCAUCUGGGCCGCUGAAGAGGGGUGGCUGGUAUUUGACAUCACUGCCACCAGCAACCACUGGGUCCUGAAUCCCGGCCGGAACCUGGGCCUGCAGCUGGCUCUGGAGAGCGUGGACGGCCAGAGUGUGAACCCCCGAGUGGCAGGGCUGAUAGGCCGCAGUGGGCCCCAGAACAAGCAGCCCUUCAUGGUGGCCUUCUUCAAGGCCACUGAGGUCCACAUUCGCAGCAUUCGGUCUGCCGGGAACAAGCAGCGCAAUCCCAACCGCUCCAAGGGCUCCAAGGGCCAGGAGGCUCUGAGGGUGGCCAACAUAGCAGAGAACAGCAGCUCUGACCAGAAACAGGCCUGCAAGAAACACGAGCUGUAUGUCAGCUUCAGGGAUCUGGGGUGGCAGGACUGGAUUAUCGCGCCGGAGGGCUACGCGGCGUACUACUGCGAGGGGGAGUGUGCCUUUCCACUCAACUCCUACAUGAACGCCACCAAUCACGCCAUUGUGCAGACCCUGGUUCAUUUCAUAAAUCCAGACACUGUGCCCAAGCCCUGCUGUGCUCCCACCCAACUCCAUGCCAUCUCCGUCCUGUACUUUGACGACAGCUCCAAUGUCAUCCUGAAAAAGUACCGCAACAUGGUGGUGAGGGCCUGUGGCUGCCACUAAUACCCUCACCCUUCCAAUGCAACAUACACAUGCAUACACACACCAAAAUACACACACAAACACACAUGCAUGCACACAAAACUACAUGCGCACACACUAACACACAUACACAAACACAUAUCCCAGGAUGCAGUGGCACUGGAAGAACUCACAAACCUGGACCAUCUCUGCAAUUUGAGGCCACUCUCCUCACCACCGAUGGGCAGACAGCCUGCCCUGCAGCAUUCUGCUUUGUUCCCCAUGCCGUCGGCCUGCCUACUGGCCACAUUAUAAGCACUGAGGGAGGGGAUCCAUUCCAAUCCACUCCAUAUCUAUGUGCGCCGAGCUUCACGAAAUUCCCUGACUGGACUCUGGCUCCUGAUUGGCUGAAGUUCCAGCUCCUACCAGCCUGGCUUUUAUUCUUGUUGCUGGAACACCUCAAACUAUGUGCUCUGUACAGUGAACCACAAGCUAAAGUCUUUUUGAACAGACGUACAGCACAGGAAGCACACACGUGUACACCCUAGUGUCAAUGAACACCCCCGCUGCCUCUUUGAGAGAGAGAGAGAGAGUCCCAAUGACUGUGUGUCAGAGACAUUGUAGGAACGUGUGUAUCCCGUUUCUUGUCUCCAGGACCACUUUGGAUAUGUCCAAACCACACAUUCUCUGCUCAGUUUCGCUUUCAGUGUCCGGCAUUGCCUAGAAGUCCAGAUUCCAUCUUGAAUUCCAUCUGUGGCAAACCUGCAACCCAAUGGACAUGUUGUGGUAGUUGUUUGCUCAAGAUUAACAUGAGUUCAGGACAGAUCUGCUCAUUCCUUCCCCUACCUGUGCUGUCUACUGUGUACAAGACAUUUUAAGUGGCGGUUGUGUGGCAGAAAUAUGUAGCCAACACUUUCCACAUUUUGUUCUGUUGUUUUUCUGUCUGACACUUUUCUUUUAUGAUUUUUCUGGAGUUAAAGAGGCCAAGGCUAAAGGAGCAUAGAUUACUAGAUGAACUCUUUGUAUGAUAUUGUGUAAAUAGUUUUUUAAAGACAGAGAAGAGUGUAUUUAUUUCCAGGUUGGGAUGUAAAUGGGGAAGCAAAUGAUCUCAUCUGCUGUUCUCCAUGUGUUAAACUUCUCAUUUUUCCAGUUCCUUUUUAAUGCAAUUUUCAGCUUAUGACACCAAAAAAAUGUACUUAAAAAUGGCAAUGCAUUUUGGGAACAUUGAGGGAUAUGCAUUUCGGCACUCUGUUCCUCACCGUGGAGCCUCCAAAAUGGCUGCCUCUCUGUAAGCUUUGACCAAGUGGUUAUACUGAAGAAUAAUAGCUGUAACUCUAUCGUCAGUCAUGGUUAAAUACCACAGGGGCAGCAUGGGAAUAUCCCAGGCACUUCCUCUGAAUUCUUAACGUUGCUGUAAUGAUAUUGGGAGGAGGUUAAGGGUAAGGUCAGGAUAUAUGAUAUGUGACCAACACCAAAAUGUAGAGGCAGCGAGAGACUUUGUGGCAUUUCUCUCAAAUGAGAAGUGUUAAGUCUUUGCAGCACAACUUUUUCUUUUUUCUUAAUUGCAGUCACUACGGUAACAGUUUUUUUACAUUCAAAAGUAAAUCAACAGAAAAAUGCGCAGUGACAUCCACAGUGCAUUCUGAAACGAGCAGCAGGCAGAAUUAUGACCGCGGGCGAGGGAAACGAUGCCUUUAAGGACUUUGUCAGCUCAUUUCAGGAUUCUACAUUUCUCAUUCUGCUGUGAAGAAACCACUUUUCUUUUCUUAUUUAAGAGAAAUAUUUAUUGAGUGUAUGUGAGAGCUGUGCACCAUGCUGGACAGCAUUUUGCCCUCUCCUGACUUCAAUGUUUUAGUACAAAACUAGUUCAAUAAAUAAGGAUGAAAUAUUA